AUGGAAGCACCAAACGAUGUCAAAGAUCGCCUUCGCGCAUCUUAUAAUGCCAUGUCCUCGCAAUACAAUACCUGGACCGAGCGCCAUCAUUACCUGCGUCGAAAGUACCUCAAUGAACUUGUUGCCCAUUGCCCAGAGCUUGUCUCAGACAGUGACGGCGAGAAGCACGAAGUCCUUGAGUUGGGAUGUGGUUCCGGGGAUCCGUUUCUCUCCACCCUACUCUCGCAGGCCCCUACUGUACAUGCACAUGCCAAUGACCUAUCGGAUGUGCAACUUGACCUUGCACGGAAGAAUCUCGCGGCUUAUGAAGGUCGUGCUACUUUCUAUCCCGGCGACAUGAUGAAGCUAGAGUUUGCACCCGAGUCUCUCACCUCAGUCAUCGCCCUGUACAGCAUCAUCCAUCUGCAGCAGGAGGAGCAGAAGGAGAUUUUUCGUCGCAUUGGUAACUGGCUUGCACCUGGGGGUGUUUUUCUCUCAACAUUUGACAGGAACAAGGAGUCUGGCAUCAUAAUGGAUAAAUGGCUCGACGAUAAGGGAUGGAUGUUCUGGAGUGGCCUUGGAAAGGAUGAGACGGUUGCGGCUUUGCAGGCGAGCGGAUUGAACGUUGAGAAAGCUGCGUUGGAGGGAGAUGAAGAGGAAAAGUUUCUCUGGGUUAUUGCUAAAAAGGUCUAA